UCACCCCUUUAUUAUUAAAAAAAAGGAUCCUCUUUCUCUCUCUCUCUUCCGGUGUAAAUUCAAUCCCCAUUAUGAGUGUCUAGACUAGAUACAUCUCUUUUUGGGGGAACGGAGGUAAUAGAAACUAGCAAAUCUGGCUGCCCUCCCAACCCACAGCCAAGGCCGCCGGCCGCCGCGUCGCUCGUCGCCCCUUGCUCAGCCGGUCAGCCCAGCGCGGCAACGCCGACUCGCCGUCCGUCCGCUCGCGAGGCGCCCAGGGACAAUAGUCGGGCGUUGGGCGGAUACAUAAAGGUAAAAGAUAGGAGAGCGGCGGUCGGCGGAUCCUUAAUUUCCGCCGUCGCCGCGCCAGAUCUCUCUCACCGCCACCUCCUUCCUCAAGCCUAACGAUCUCUCUCCUCGAGCCUCCAUCCAUGUCGCCCCCUCGUCGUCGUCGGCGCCUAUGUUUUUUCCCAUCUCGAUCCGUGGCGAUCCUCCACGCGGUGCACAGGACACGGCAUCCGCAUCGCUGGUGUUGGCUGCGGAAACGUCAUACGGCUGCUGCAAAUACUAGUGGAUCAAAGGCUUCGUCGGCUCAAAUAAACCAUCAUCAAGGUGGUACUGAUAUUCCUCAAGUUGCUGAGAAUAUGAAACAACAAAGUCUUUUUGACAAACUACCGGAGGACAUCUUACAUCAUAUACAUUCUCUCUUACCAAUACAAGACGCUGCUUGUGCUGCCUGUGUGUCUCAUGCAUUCCUGCGUUCAUGGAGAUGCUAUUCCAAACUCAGACUCAACGACUGUGCGCUUGGGUUGAGUCACAUAGAAUUUGAGGAAAGAAAAAUCUAUCUCAUUGACAAAGUUGACAAAAUUCUUAAAAACCAUCAUGACAAAGGGGUGAAGGUGGAGACACUUAGGCUUAUUCUUACCCCUUGCACCAAUAUCAAAGCCUCCUACCUGGACAGGUGGCUCCGAAGAACCGUUAAGUCUGGGUUUAAAGAUCUUUACUUGGAGAUGCCUUUAUCCAUGAAGAAAAUUUACAAAUUCCCGUGUUCAGUUUUGUCUGAUGAGGGAGCUGCAAGUUCAAUUCAGUUUCUUCACAUCGGCUCUUGCACUUUUCAUCCCACAUCAACACUUGGCUCCUUGGCAAGGUUGAAAACUGUAAGAUUGUCUUUUGUCCACACUACCGAGGAAGGAUUGGAGCACUUGUUUUCAAAAUCUUCUAUUCUAGAGGAGCUCAGAAUAUUCGCAUGCCAUGGGAUAAUUUGCUUGAAAAUACCUUGUACGAUGCAGCAUCUUAAGAGAUUUCAUGUUCAACGUUGCAGCAUGCUGCGGGUUGUAGAGAUUGAUGCUCCAAACCUCUGCUAUUUUAACUAUGACAGCGCUUUGCCAGAAAUCUACGUGAGAAAUUGUUCUCAACUUAAGCAUGUACAGUUAUCAUCUGCAUGCCCGUCUGGUGUUCUUUUUUAUGCUCGCACUAGUCUUCCGUCCAUUGCAAGGAAUGUUGAGAGUCUUAUUUUGGUUGGUCGUAGCGAGAAUGCCAACACUCCGUUGCUACAAUCCAAGCUACCCCACCUCAAGAACUUGGAAAUUAGACUCAAAGCAGUCCUCCCCAAAGGCUUCCCUCCAAGCUAUGACUUCUUUUCUUUGGUUUCUUUUCUUGAUGCUUCUCCUGCCUUGGAGUCUUUCACCCUACACGUAAAUGAGUAUGUCAUGACACACUAUCCUGUUGUUGGAGAUAAUGACGAAUGCCCGAGGCAGAAGCUGGACUUGUCGCAUAACCGCCUCAGACACAUGACGAUCACGGGAUUCUGUUCAGCCAAGAGCCUGGUUGAGCUCACGGUUCACAUCCUUGAGAGCACACACUCGCUUGAGCGCUUGACGCUGGACACAACCUAUGACUACAAUAGGUGUAUUCAAGGGCCUGGUACCAUUGGCAAAUGCACUACCUCAAGUAGGAUUGCCAAAUGCUGGCCGAUGAGCAAGAGAGGUGUUGACGAAGCUCAUAGAGCUGUGAAGACUGUUGGUAGAUACAUAGCUGGGAGAGUUCCAUUGGCUGUUCAAUUUGAGCUCAUGGGGCCCUGUAGUCGAUGCCAUACCGGCAGCCGGUAGAUCUAUCUAUGUCAGGGUGGUUUAUCUUUGUCUAGACUCCCAGGGAAUUCCGCCAAUAUCGCAUGUUUAAUCUCGGUGCCCAUAAAUAGAUCUUUUUUAUGCAUCUCAACUAUAGCACACAUGAAACCAUAUAUUUUAUAAAGUCAGUUUAUGUAUUGAAGGUACAUAUUUACAUUUA